AUGAUUAUCUACACUGACGCCUUCACCGGUGACGAGCUUGUCUCCGACACCUUCAACCUUAAGCCCAGCCCCAUCUCCCCCAUCCUUUGGGAGUGCGACGUCCGCAAGUACAGCCGUCCCGUCGGUGGCGAUAACUUCCAGCUCGAGGGUGCCAACCCCUCCGCUGAGGAUGUUGAGGAGUCCGGUGGUGGUGAGGUCGAGAUGGUCAUGGUCCACGAUAUCGAGGAUCAGUUCCGUCUCAACUGGCUGAAGGACGAGUUCCGUCCCUCCAAGGAGGCCUUCAAGUCCGGCCUCAAGGGUAUGUCAAUGCAUCGUCUUGCACUCAUCAAGACAUUUCUCAACCCCCUUAACCCCGCAGUGGGGGAAGGGAGUAUUCCUAGACGUAUUUCGCUGACAAUUUUGUUCCCAGCCUACCUCAAGAGACUCCAAAAGUACCUCGUUGAGAUCCAGACCCCCGAGGAGCACGCCGCAUGGAAGGCCGCUGCCCCUGGUGCCCUCAAGGCCCUCAGCGCCAACUACGACAACUAUGACUUCAUGGUCGGUGAGAGCCACAGCCCCGAUGGCCAAUACGUCCUGAUUGACUUCCGUGAGGAUGGUGUCACCCCCUACGCCAUUAUCUGGAAGGAUGGCCUCAAGGAGACCAAGGUCUAA